AUGGCAAACCUUUUUGAUGAAGAAUAAGGAAAAUACUUAAGAUUAAAUGCUCUUAAAUAUCUUGAAAAACCUCCAGAAGUGUAAAGAGAAGAUGAUCCAUUUAUUACUAAUGGAUCUUUAGCAAUUACAUAUAUUUUAGUGGAAACUGUAGAAUAAUAUUAAGCAGGUUAAGGUUUGAAGUUCUAACCUAGUUAUGUACAUUAAGUAUUUAGAUCAACUAAUGAAAUUUAUGGUUACAAAGAUCUUAAAAUUACUAUUCAUGUAACAGCACUUGGAUUGAAACCUUAUAUUCAAGUAAAUCACUUCAAUAUAUUUAUUAUAGAUAUCUUAUAGUGAGUAAACUGAAGAUGCUGAUGACUUAAUUGAGAGUUUUAAUAAAGUAUAUGAAGCUGGUUUCCUUUCAAAUGAAGAAUAAUUCAUCAAAGUACUUGAAGAAGAACAAAACCAACAACCUUUAGGAGAACUAAUAGAAGAAUAUGGAGAUUUCAAAAUAUAUAAAUGUUAAAUGGCAACCACUAAUGGGUUUGUUUAAUUCAAACCAUUUUUAUAAGCAUUCCUUUUGGUUUUAAUUGAUGGAGUUUAAUAUCCAGGAGAUGAAAAUGAAUGGGUUUAUUUAAUAUUAUAUCAUAAACGAUAAUUUGUAGGAUUGACUACUGUCUAUAAAUUUAAUAUUAGUUGGAAUUAAUAAAGACAUCGUUUAAGUCAAAUGUUAUUCCUACCUUAAUAUUAAAGAAAAGGACAUGGAAGUAGAAUGUUAAGAACAGUCUAUAAAUUAGGAUUAGAAGAUGAAAAAUGUUUAUAAAUUACACUUGAAGAUCCAUCUGAAGAUUUUUAAGUUAUGAGAGACAUUACUGAUUCCAAAAUUUUAUAUGAACAUUUUAAAGAUAUUAUUCCUAAUUAGGUUAAAUAUUAUUAUUAUUAUUAUAGAUUAUUAAUUCAGUUUAAGAUAUUGUAGAUAUUCCUAAAGAUAAAUUAUUUGAAAUUAUGAAAAAGACAAAAUUACACGCUUAUUAAAUCAAAAGAGCCUAUUCUAUAUAUCUAUAUGCAUUUAUUAAUAAGUAUAUUCUUAUUAUUAUUAGUAUUUUAGAAAAUCUUCAAAAUUGAUGACAGAUUUUGCUAAAUUUUUAUUAAGAGAACAUUAAAAACCUUAUAUUAGAAAGAAGAACAUUUUAGUUAGAUUUGAAGAUGGUACUUCCAUGGAUCCAAAAUAAUUACAUCUUUUAGAACUUAAAGAAAGAGAAGAUAGAAAUAUUAUUGCUGAAGAAAGCUUAGGUGAUGAAUUUUGUUUAUUUGAACUUAUUGCUACCAAAUUAAGAAAAGAUAAAAUAAUUUGA